GGGGAGCCCAAGAAAAUGUCGUUGCCUCCGCAGUAAAUUACUGAAGCUGUAGCGCUUUAGAGGGAAGAGAAAAGAGAAAAAAAACGGUCGUUUUUGGAUCUAACUGUGUUAAAAGUGCGGUAAAACGCUACCCGAAAAGAAGUGGACUCAGCUCUAAAUACCGCACGUUUUUUGGGGGAGUGUAUGGAAGAUGACACUGAUGCUGGACUGGACGCCCUGGGAAAGAAAGCGAAGGGUUUAUGUGUUCUUUGCUGUGGGUGCAGUGCUCUUAUGCUGCCUGCAGAGCGGCGCCACUGUCAGUGAUGAGGUUCCGGUCUUUACGGAAGAGCCCCAGUCGGUGGUGCAGAAACUGGGGGACAGCGUGACCCUGCGGUGUAGCGCCCUGCCUGGCCAUGCCAAUAUCAGCUGGCGUCUGAACGGGCGGGAGCUGGUUGCCGGGGACGACGGAGAGCUGGGGGUCGUUGUGCAGCCAGGCUCUCUUUUCAUCCCCGCCCUCACCAAUCUGACCGUGGGCAGAUACCACUGUGUGGCCAGUACCGAUGCCGGAGCCUGUGCCAGUACGGCUGCCAACGUCACCGCCGCCAAGCUGAGAGACUUUGAACCAGACGAUCAGCAGGAGAUCGAGGUGGACGAGGGGAACACAGCGGUCAUUGAGUGUCACCUGCCGGAGAGUCAGCCCAAAGCACAGGUCCGCUACAGCGUCAAACAGGAGUGGCUCGAGGCAUCCAAAGGGAACUACCUGAUCAUGCCUUCGGGGAACCUGCAGAUAGCCAACGCCACGCAGGAAGACGAGGGCCCGUACAAGUGCGCCGCCUACAACCCCGUCACCCAGGAAGUGAAAACCUCCACCUCCGCCGACCGCCUGCGCAUACGACGUUCGACCGCCGAGGCUGCUCGCAUCAUCUACCCGCCGGCGUCGCGGUCCAUCAUGGUGAACAAGGGGCAGAGGCUCGUUUUGGAGUGUGUCGCCAGCGGCAUCCCGACCCCGCAGGUGACCUGGGUGAAGGACGGUCGCAGCCUCCGCGACCAGAACAACACGCGCUACCUGCUCAGCAACCUGCUGAUCGACACGGUGGGCGAGGACGACUCGGGAACCUACGUCUGCAACGCGCGUAACGGCAUCGGCUCCCCCAGCUCUGCCACCGUGCUCUACGACGUCCAGGUGUUCGAGCCUCCUCAGGUGCGUGUGGAGCUGCAGCAGCAGCAGGAGGUCGUGUGGGGCGACACGGUGCGCUUCAGCUGUCAGGUUCGGGGUAAACCGGCCCCCAGCGUCGUGUGGCUGCACAACGCGCGGCCCCUGACCCCGUCGCCACGGCACCGGCUGUCCUCGCAGGCGCUACGGGUCCUCAACGUGGGCCCCCAGGACGACGGCGUGUACCAGUGCAUGGCCGAGAACGGAGCGGGCAGCUCGCAGGCGGCCGCACACCUAGUCACCGUGCCGACCAGCGCCGGUACUAAACUGCCCAUCAUUCGGUCUCUGAGCCCGGACAAAGUUCUGCGGGAGCAGGCUCCGCAGAAGCCCGGCUCCACCAGCUCGGUGCUGGCGCUGGACUGCUCGGAGCUGCCGGGUCCGAUCACUCUGGCGGAGGCUCCGAUCAUCCUGAGUCAACCGCGCACCGGGAAAGCGGACUACUACGAACUGACCUGGAAACCCCGGCACGAUGGUGGGGCCCCGGUCCUGGAAUAUAUCGUCAAAUACAGAAAGGCUGGAGAUCCUCCAGGGGAGUGGAUCAUCCGGAGCAUCACUGGCGCCCAGCUCAAGCUGACCCUGUCGAAACUGCAGCCCACAAGCCUGUACGAGGUGGAGAUGUCGGCCAGGAACUGUGCAGGCCUGGGUCAGCCCGCCAUGAUGACCUUCAGAACAGGCAAAGGACGUAGAGGUGGAAACACCCCCGAAGCUUCCAAAACUCCGGUGGCGUCUCCUCGUCUCUCCCCUCCCGAAGCUCCGGACCGACCCACCGUCUCCAUGGCGAGCGAGACCUCGGCCUACGUGACGUGGAUCCCUCGCGGCAACCGCGGUUUCCCCAUCCAGUCUUUCCGUGUGGAGUACAAAAAGCUGCGUAAAGGAGGAGGCGAAUGGGAGGUGGCGGUGGAGAACAUUCCUCCGUCUCGUCUCUCUGUGGAGAUCACCGGCCUCGAGAAAGGCACCUCCUAUAAAUUCAGAGUGUUAGCGGUGAAUGUACUGGGUGCCAGUCCACCCAGUGCCCCUUCGAAGGCGUACACCGUGGAGGGCAGCAGUCAGCCCAACCCACGCCCUGUAGACGGACCUUACAUCACCUACAACGAAGCCAUCAACGAGACCACCAUCAUCCUCAAAUGGACGUAUACGCCAGUCAACAACACACCCAUCUACGGUUUCUACAUCUUCUACCGGCCCACGGACAGCGACAAUGACAGUGACUAUAAGAGGGAUGUCGUGGAGGGUGACCGAUACUGGCAUUCCAUCACUGACCUGCAGCCGGAAACAGCCUAUGAUAUUAAGAUGCAGUGCUUCAACGAAGGAGGGGAGAGUGACUUUGGCAACGUGGUCAUUUUAGAGACCAAAGCUCGGCCAAACCAGAAACAACCACCUCCCGAGACGUCGUCACAGUACCCGGAACAUCCGGGGGGCCCAGUGCCUCGUCCCAGUGACCUGCCUUACCUGAUCGUGGGUGUGGUGCUGGGAGCUGUGGUCUUCAUCAUCGUAGCCUUCAUCCCAUUCUGCCUGUGGAGGACCUGGGCUAAACAGAAGCAAACAACAGACAUGUGUUUCCCGGCUGUGGCUGCACCAGUCUCCUCCUGCCAGUACACCAUGGUACCCUUACAGGGACUGGCGCUGGUCGGGCACUGCCCUCUGGAUCCACACCUGGCGCCAACGCAUGCUGUCUACGCCCCAAAUGGAGAGUAUGUCCCCAACGGAAACCGCCCAACCCGCUGUCUACCCGGACUGCAUCAGGAGGAGCUGGAUUGUGAAAUGGAGUGCGACACACUGCUACCCCAGAUGCCUCCAAACGGACAUCCGCGUGUCUACCAGUACUCCAAUGGCAUUCCUGCAUGCCGUGAUGUGGAAGAAGACUGCUGCCUCUCUGACAAGUCCACCCUGCAGCUCCUGAACGCGGCCCAGGACACCGAUCGCCUGGUCCACGGCGAGGACACCGUCGAGGACACACACUCGCUAAGGGAAAGGGCCGAAGGGGCGGAGGUUGCCUCGGACACGCCCCUUUUAGCUCUGAUGGAAGAUCCCAGCGUUCCCGCGGAGCCACGGGCCGCGUCGACACAGGAAGCCACCGCGGUCCAGACCGACAGUCAGCAGGACGACAGGCAGACGUGGGACCCGACAGACGCAUGAGAGACUCAAAAAAC